UGUCCACAUGGAAUCCUAAAGAAACAAUAUGCAAUUCUCAAUUUGGAAGUCACGUGAGCAAGAGAAGGGGGUUAUAAUUGCAUCCAAAAAGAGUAGAAAGUGAAUCUGUUAUGGGUCAGUGACUCAGCAAAGCUCGUGCUUUCAUCAUUUUGAAGAUUCUUCAAGCCUCUUAGAAUUCAUUCUUGCUUCCAAGGAGCAGGAGAGACUGAGAGAGAGAGAGAACUAGCAGCUACUUCUCUUGCAGACAUGGCUUAUUGGAACUCCUUCCUUCUCUUCAGCUUGAUGGCCCCUUGGACCAUGCUCUGUCCAUCUCAUGCCUUUCCAACUGGUGCUCCCGCAUCAGCCUGUGAGAAUAUGUUACCUAUUCACACAGGGAUCCAGCCUCAAAAGUCUCCAGUACCCUAUGAAUUCCUAGUUAGUACACCCUCUUUCCUAAAUGGACAGCCUGUUAAUGUUCAGAUCCUUGGUUCUGCAUACAGAGGGUUAUUGUUGGAAGCUCGUGCAUUUGGUUCCACAGCUGCACUAGGUUUUUGGCAAACUCCUCCCAAUAAUACUAAAUUAUUACAGUGUUCUGGAAAUCCACAAGGUGCAGUGACUCAUUCUAACACCAAUUUAAAACCAAGACAAGCCAGUUACACAUGGCUUCCACCAAACUCUGGCUGCCCUUCAGCAGUUAUAUUUGUGGCUACAGUCGCCCAGUCUCAUGACAUCUACUGGACCAACGUCAAAUCCAAAGUGAUCUGGAGAAAUUCCAAAGCUACCUGUGGAGCAGAAUCAUUUAUAAGGUCACUAUCUGCUGAUGCAGCAAUCUUCUCUUUUUUCCUGAUUUUACUGGGAUACAUUUAGAAACCAGCAUACAGCAAUUUACUCGCAUUCUUUAGUAAUCUAAACACAUUGUUUUGUGUGGGAUAUGCAUUAAAUAAUAAAAGCUCUGCUCACUGCAGUGAAGACUUUCCU